GGCACGCUCCACCGUACACCUGUAAGAUAAGGAUAGAGGGAGAAAAAAAGAAAAAUUACGGGAGAAAAAAACGAACAGAAUUUUCUUAGAGAGAGAAAGAGAGAAGCGUCGAGAGAGAGAGAGAAACUCAGAGGAAGAUCUUACAUCGAACCGGCGAAGAUCGAGGAGGGGUUUCAUUCUCUAGAUUUGUUGUGUUUAUCUUGGAUUUGGUGGUUAAAACUUGGGAAAACCUCAAGUUUGGAGGUGAAAUUAGGGUUUUGAAGCGGCUUUGGUUAAACCCUAGUUCGGAUUGAUCGGAAAAGUUGAUUCUUUUUUCGUUUGGAGUCCGGAGAAGGGGAAAUUAGGGUUUUAAACCCUAAUAUAUGUAUGGCUUCGGGGACGGUAGUUGGAGAAGGAAAAGAUGGUGAAAACAGAGAGAGACAGCGGUACAUGGAGAACAAGGUUUACACCAGGAAAGCGUUUAAAGGUCCCAAGAAAAGCAAUCUUCUCGACACCACCACUAACAACGUCAACACGACCAAGGAUGGCAACGAAGGCAACAAUAUCAACACCACCAAGGAUGGCAACGAAGGGAACAACAAGAACAACAUCAACACCACCAAGGAUGGCAACGAAGGCAACAACAACAACAAAAACAUCAACUUCACCAAGGAUGGCAACGAAGGCAACAACAACAUCAACACUACCCAGGAUGGCAACGAAGGCAACAACAACGACAACAGCAUCAUUAUUAACAAAGAGGACAACAACAACAACAUUAACAACAAAGAGGACAACAACAAUGGCAACAACAACGAAUACAACAAAAUCGGCAGCACUGUUGUGAACAAUAGUGUCUUUACCACAAUCGCUGCCCCUAUAAUUGUGCACAAUGAGGACAACACGAAUGACAAGAACAAUAGUAACGAUGAUAACAAGAAUAACUCUGCUGAAGCACCAACUCAGCCUCCUCCUUUGGAGCAUAGGGAUUCAUCUCAUCAACAGCCUGCUCCCCAUGUAGAUACUGCAGUGUCUAAUGAUUCUUCAAGUCUUAAGAAGCAAAAGGCUGUGACUGACAAUGGAGCUCUGAAGCCGGGUUCAGAAAACAGGGUGAAGGUCAAUUUGGCUUCAAGGUCUAAGCAGCAGAUGUGGGAACUGAGGAGGAAGCUAGAGAGUGAGCUUGAUUUGGUGAGGAAUUUGGUGAAGAGGAUUGAAGCUAAAGAAGCGCAAAUUAGUAAUUCCCAUGUCACCAUGAAUGAUGGUGCUGAUUAUAGAUUCAAGAGGGUUCAACCCGAGGUGACUCCAGUUGGCAUUCCUCAGGAGCCUGUCAAGCAAAAUAGGCCUUUGAACCAGUUGAAUAUUCCUGUCUUGGAGAAUAGUCAGGGUGUAAGUGAAAAUAUAGAGAAGGAGAAGAGAACGCCUAAGGCAAACCAAUUCUAUCGGAAUUCAGAGUUUUUGCUUGCAAAAGAUAAGUUUCCCCCAGCAGAGAGUAACAAAAAGUUGAAAUUAAAUGCGAAGAAGCACGGAGGGGGUGAAUUAAAUUGUGGGUUUGGUAUGGGUAACAAGUGCUUUAAGAGCUGUAUCUCUUUGCUUGAAAGACUAAUGAAGCAUAAGCAUGGUUGGGUCUUUAAUGCCCCUGUUGAUGUCAAAGGUUUGGGUUUGCAUGAUUACUAUAGUAUCAUUAAGCAUCCCAUGGAUUUGGGUACUGUGAAAUCAAGGCUUAACAAGAACUGGUACAAAUCGCCUAGAGAGUUUGCGGAGGAUGUGAGACUAACAUUUCGCAAUGCUAUGACAUAUAAUCCUAAGGGACAAGAUGUUCAUAUAAUGGCUGAGGAGUUAUCGCAGAUAUUCGAGGACAAAUGGGCUGCUAUAGAGGCAGAUUAUAUUCGGGAUAUGAGACUUGCAAUGGAAUAUGAAGCUAGUCUUCCCAUGCCGACUCCAAGAAAGGCACCUCCAAUGCUUCCCCCUCCACUUGAUAUGAGAAGGAUCCUGGAUAGACCAAAGUCAAUGAUGGGCCUUGAUGAUCUGAGACCAAAACGCACUGCUACUACACCUUCAGGUAGGAUCCCUACUCCAAAAAAGCCUAAGGCAAAGGAUCCGUGUAAGAGGGACAUGACUUAUGAAGAGAAGCAGAAGCUUAGCACCAACCUUCAGAGUUUGCCUUCGGAGAAGCUGGACAACAUCGUACAGAUUAUUAGAAAAAGGAAUUCGGAUCUCUUCCAGCAUGAUGAUGAAAUUGAGGUGGACAUUGACAGUGUGGAUACUGAGACACUUUGGGAGCUAGAUAGAUUUAUUACCAACUACAAGAAAAGUUUAAGCAAAAACAAGAGAAAAGUUGAACUUGCCAUUCAAGCUAGAGCAAAAGCUGGGCAGACUGUACAAGAGAAUUUGCAGAACCCAACGCCUGCUUUGGUUGAAGUGCCAAAGGAAGCCACAACUAAUGAGCAGAAUAUGUUUGCAUCAACUGUUGAAGUGGAAAAACGUGGAGAUAAUGCUAGUAGGUCAAGUAGUUCAAGUAGCUCCAGCAGUGAUUUCGGGUCUUCAUCAAGUGAUUCUGAUACUGAAAGUUCCUCAGCAUCUAAGUCUGAUGCUGGCCAUUCAUCAAGGUCUUGAAUUUUUUCAUUCAGUGGUUGAUAUAAGAAUUUAGAGUAGGGUGCGGAUGAUCCUGAAGGUUUGCAGAUUCUGUUUUAAGAUUUUUGAAGUUGCAUUAGGUGGUGGAGCUGUAGAGUGCCUGGAGCUCAGAAGUGUAGAGGCACCAGCCGUUUAGCCACUGAAGAGUGUGGCAGCACGGCACUCUGAUGUGGACUAUCAUGUAUAAUAUAGAUGUGGUAUCCAAUGCUUAGGAGAAAUUGGGUUUGUUUUGCGUAGCACCUGUACAUUGCUAACUGCUGCUGCUGCUGAUGCUGCUGCUGCUAAUAGUUUUAGGGAACGUUUGAUUCUUGUUAUUUAUAAGAAGAUGCUGGCAGAUUCAGGAUUCUAAAUUCAUGUUAUACACGGAAAAUAACAUUGUAAUUUGGGUCAUAUUUGCUUAGCAUGAAAUAAUCUGCAAUUGCUUUCAA